CCAUCUCCAAACCCAAUCUUCACACAGCAACAAGGGUUUAUCCACAUUCCAUAAACCCUAAUCCCAAAAACCCAUCGCUCCGCCACAAAAAUGCUUCCGUUCUACAAACUCUCUUCAUCUCCGCCCAGGUUCCUCUCCCAGUUCCGGCACUCCUUCUCUCUUCUCUCCAAUUCUUCGUCUCCGUUUCGGAUCAGCUUGCUCUGGGUCAGUCACCCUCGCCGUUUCGGAACCGCCACCACCGCCGCGUACCGGAAGGAAGGCAGAGAUACGUUUUUCACCGAAGAAAGCGUUUCGUGGACGUCCCUCGGCGUAUCCGAUAAGGUUUCUCAAGCUCUUUACAAUGCCGGCCUCGGCCAACCGUCUCUGGUUCAGGCUGCUAGCAUACCAUCUAUACUUUCAGGGAAGGAUGUUGUUGUGGCAGCUGAAACUGGUAGUGGUAAAACGCACAGCUUUCUUGUCCCUUUGAUUGAUAAGCUGUGCAAUGAGCACGACGAGUCUGCGAAUGUUGCUUCUUCUGAUCAAGGAGUGUCCCAACCCCGAAAGAUUUCUCUUGUUCUUUGUCCAAAUGUGACACUUGCAGACCAAGUGGUUCGGAUGGCCAAUGGUCUUUGUGGCGAAAAUGGCGAACCACUUCUGAGUGUCGUAUCUCUUUGUGGGAGACAGGGAUGGCCAGUUAAUGAACCUGAUAUUAUUGUUUCGACACCAGCUGCUCUUCUGAAUAAUAUUGACCCAAAAAAUUUCCGUCGUACGGAUUUUAUAAGGAGUGUAAAAUAUGUGGUAUUUGAUGAAGCAGAUAUGCUUCUCUCUGGGGGUUACCAGAAUAAGGUUAUCCGUCUCAUACACAUGCUCCGGUUUGAUGAAAAACUAUUGUCACGGUCAAGUGAGGAGAAUCCAUCAGAACCCACUUCCUCACAUUUCAGUUCAGAAGAUGAAGACGAUCUUCAGACUGAAGACGUAUUUGAAGAAGAGGGAGAUUCUGAGAAAGAUGGCAACGUACAUGAGGAGGAGGUUGAGGCUGGGCACGUAAAAAGUUUAGACUGGAGGAGAGUGAGAAAAGUUUACAAGCGCAGUAAACAGUACGUUUUUGUUGCAGCUACUCUUCCAGCGAAUGGAAAGAGAACUGCCGGGGCAGUGUUGAAGAAGAUGUUUCCAGAGGCCGAUUGGGUUAGUGGAAACUACCUCCAUUGCCACAACCCCAGAUUGAAGCAAAGGUGGAUUGAAGUUACUUUUGAUACUCAGGUGGAUGAACUUAUAAAGGCUGUGAAACAUGGAAUUGAGACGAGAUCCACUUCCGGUCAGUGCCGAACUAUGGUGUUUGCAAAUACUGUUGAGGCUGUGGAAUCGGUGGCAAAGAUAUUGAUGAAAGCUGGGAUUGAAUGUUACCAAUACCAUAAAGAUUGCUCCUUGGAAGACCGUGCAAAGACAUUGGUUGAUUUCCAAGAGAAAGGUGGCAUUCUCGUGUGCACUGAUUCUGCCGCACGUGGUGUUGACAUUCCAAAUGUAUCACAUGUUAUCCAGGCAGAUUUUGCUACUUCUGCUGUGGACUUUAUACACAGGGUUGGUCGCACAGCCAGAGCUGGUCAAUAUGGACUUGUGACUAGCAUGUAUACAGAAUCUGACCGUGACCUGGUUGCUGCAGUUCGUAGAGCAGGAGAACUUGAUCUGCCUGUGGAGACGGCAUUUAGCAGGAAAAGAAGCUUUCGAAAUAAGCUUAAGAAAAAAGCUGCUUUGCGGAGGAUCAAGGAUUCAUCAUCGAAUGAGGAGAGCGUUCUAGCAUAAGACUGGCUAGCAGGUCUGCCGAAAAAUCACUCUCACAGAUGUUGAUGAGGAUGUUGUAGCAUAAGAAAGCUAGGCUGCGAGGAAACUGAUGUAAAAAGAAGCACAUUCGAUUCAUAUUUAUAGAUAUUUAACGUUUUACGACUA